AAUAAAUGUAAUAAAAAUCGACGAUGAAUUUUCGAAGACCACGCACCAGAUCACGAAGGAGUUCCCUAAGCUAUUCGGCUAGCAGUCAUAAGUGGCGAAAUGUUAGCAAGAAAGUGUCGUGCAAAGAUGACGACUUGAAUGAAGACGAUGAAGAACCUAAAGCUGGUGAACUUAAUGAUUGGGUGGAAGAAUUUUUCUUACAUAAGAAAGCAUGCACUACUAAAUCGGAAGAAGAUGUUGAAGUAAAAUUGAGCAAAAAACAAACAUUAAUAUUAUCAACAUUAGUACCUGAUGAAUUACUUUUUAUGGAUACAUUUGAUAAAUCGAAUGUAAAACGAUUCGUUGGAGUUCUUUUGAUGGCUGAUGUAUCAGGCUACACAGCUCUAUCGGAGAAGUAUACAAAUUCGGGAGAAGGUGGUACUUAUAGGCUUACAGUGACACUUAACACAUACCUUGGAUCUCUGAUAGAAGUUAUCUAUAGCCAUGGGGGUGAUAUAAUAAAAUUUGCAGGAGAUGCAUUCCUAGCUUUAUGGAAAACAGAUAAGAAAACGUUUAUUAAUCACACUAUUCAUACUGCAAUUGCGUGUGCUCUUAUUAUACAGCAUUCAUUUGGUUCUUAUGAAACAGAUGUUAAAGUUAAUCUUAAGGUAAAGCUAGCAAUAUCAGCCGGUAAUCUCUUUUUUGCACCAAUUGGCUCCGGUAUAGAUAUGACUUACAUAAUUAUUGGGCUUCCAGUAUUAGAAGCAAAAGCAGCCGAAAGUGCCUGUGCAUCCGGAGAAGUAAAAUUGACUUCCACUGCUUGGGGACACUGCUACUCUCGAAAUUACGACCAUGUCGUUGAUGACAACGGCCUUGUAACUAUAAAAUCAAUUUUAUAUGAUCCUCGUGAGAGGGAUGUAACAAAACCAUUCUUAGGUUUUGGAGCAAUGGUGAGACAAAUGAAAAAGACUUUUAUUUCAAUCGAAAGUCUUCCCGAUAUACUUUACACAUCGCCUAAUGAACUAAGUAAUGCAGACAUAUGUAAGCGAAAUGAAAUUUUAAGUUUACGAAAAACAAUAUUGUUAGCUGAUGAAAAGGAUGUUGGAUCUGAAAUUAGAAAAUUUAUGAUAAGGCCUAUUCUAACUCAAAUAGAUGCUCAUCAGCCUCUAAAAUAUCUAACCGAAAUGAGACAAGUUUCUAUAUUAUUUAUAACUUUGAAGCCACGAGAAUGUUCAUAUGCUCAACUUAUAACAAUAGUCAAUAAUGCGUAUCAAAUAACAUGUGAAAUUGUGUAUAGAUCUAUGGGUUGCGUUAAUAAGAUAAUAUUGUUUGACAAAGAUGUGAUGAUACUAGUAAUAUUUGGUUUAAGGGGAUUUAAACAUGAGUCUGAAGCGCAAGCAGCACUGAAAUGUGCAUGUGGCAUAAAAAAAUCUGUGUCUGCACUUGACGGAGUUUUAGAAGUAUCGAUAGGUAUUACAACUGGUCCAGUAUAUUGCGGAGUAGUCGGGCAUCCAUUACGAAGAGAAUUUACAGUGAUUGGAGCAGUAGUUAACAAGGCAGCAAGACUCAUGUGUGGCUUUCGCAAUAAAAUAACAUGCGACGAAACGACUUUUAUCAAAAGUAAAAUGUCUAGUAAUGGGUUUACGCUGCAACCUGCUACUGAAUUAAAAGGAAUUGUAAAUCCCGGAAGAAUAUUUGAAUAUACAGAAGAUAUAAGAGUUAAGGAAAUGUAUGAUAUUCCUGUUAUUCAACCAUUAUUGGAUCGGGAUGAUGAAUUCAACUAUUUUCAAAAGUGGAUCAAAGAUUUUAAUUCACCCAUUAGGGAUUUUGAUGCAUUGUUACUAAUAGGAGAAUCUCGAUUUGGAAAAACUCGGCUUUUAGAAUGGAUGGCACGAUAUACAAGAAGUAUAAAACUAAAAGUUUGUUACAUUUCUUUGACUUCUAUACACGCAGCAACGCAAUAUUUAGCUCUAAGUCAAAUAUUUGAUCAAAUAUUAGAUGUAAAAAAUCCAGCCGGUGGAUUCGAAAAAGAGGAAAAAAUUGUUAAUUUGGUAAAACAUUAUAGUGAUGAGCUUUGUUAUUUGAAUAAUGUUAUUAAGGUGCGUUUUGCUUAUCCCGAGGGCAUGUACGUGGAUGGUGAAGAUAUACAAAGAGAAAAAGCCAAAGAAGUAUUUAAAAAAGUCCUAACGGCUAUACCAGUCACGUGUAUCAUAUUUUUAGAUGAUCUUCAAAAUUUAGAUGUUGCGUCAUGGGAUUUCCUGUUACUUAUGCUAGAUAUGAAAAAAAUUUAUACAGUUUUAACAGUAACACGUGGUAAAUUCAGUUCUGUGCAUACUUGGCUCUAUAGUGUUUUUAUUAGUAGCAAAAUAAGAAAAAUUGUUUUAGGUCCAUUGAAUUAUAAAUGGAUCGCACCGUUAGCUUGCCAAAUAUUGGACGUUGAAGCCGUACCACAUGAUCUUUGUAUUGCUCUGAGAACAAAAUGCCAAGGAAUGCCUGGCUUAAUAGAAAGUUUUAUAAUUCAUUUGUUUUCAAGCGGAGCCUUAGAAUUUAAACAAAUUAAUAAGGAUGAGUUGAAAAACUUGAACGAGGAAAAUUUACAAUUUCCUGAAAGUUCGGUUUUACGUCCGAUAGCCUUAAAUGUAGAAGACCAGCCUAAAUUAGAUUUGCUCAUACAGGAAAAUGAAAACACCGAUACAGCAGGUGAUAUAAAAGUAUGCAUUGUUACAAGAAAACAAGAGUUGAAUGCGGAAUUCAAUGUUCAAAAUCUUGAUGCAUUAAUUAUGAUUCAGAUUGAUUCACUUACUCCUUACCAACAGUUGUUGUUAAAAAUAUCAUCUGUUAUUGGCAAUGUACUAUCUAGAGAUCUUUUAGAAAGUAUCAUGUAUGAAAAUGACCCAAUAACGACUGCAAAAGCCAUAAAAAGAUUAUUUUCCAUGCGCAUCUUUUCGUGUGCAAACAUCAGAUACAAAAAUUACAACCGCAAAUUAGGGUCUAAUGUAAGUAUUAAGUCUGACAUUUCAUUUCAAGCGGCUAUAACUUGUGAAUGUUGUUUUGAUCAUGAUCCAGAGCUUAACGAAAAUCUUCCAAAAUAUGCAUUCUGUAAAGUAAUGCGGUUUAGAGGUAAAAAUGCUAGAAAAACAUGCUACGAGCUAUUGCCACUAAAUCAAAAAAAGGAAUUUCACUCUCGUAUUGUUAAUUAUUUAGAAAACAACAAGCAAAAAUGUCCUGACUGUGGUGGCACAAUCAUGAUAAUCCAAUCUAGUAUGAAUUUUUAUCCUGAAAUUCCGUUUUGCAAUCCGAAAAGAGUACUCGAACUGCAAACUCAUAUUGAACAUGACGAUUCUGACUCACCCAAUGAAAAUGAGUUUGAGAUAGUUCCUAUAACACAACAUGCCAAAAAUAAUUCUAUAUAUGAUAUAGAAUCAUCAACUUCAAAAAGCACUAUAGAAGAUCACAAGUCAGACCAAAGUUUAAGGCCCAGCAAAGUAUCUAUACUCAAAGUACCGGUUGAUGAUGAGAUUUGUAAUGAUGAACAGAAUAAACGGCGAUCAACUAAGAGAGUCACAAUGUCAAAAGUUGUCAUUGAAAACCACAGCAAUGAUACUAUAGAAGGUCACGCAUUUUUUGAUAUGUUUCGGGCUAUAGCUGAGGCUAAUAAGCUUAGUGAUUGGCAUGAUCUUGGAAUAUUAGAUACUCAAGACACCUUAGAAGACACGGCUGUUGAUAACCACAAAAGAUCGUUUCACAUAAAAAUUGAAAAAAGCGUUUCUAAAAUCGAUUUCAAAAAAUGUACGUGCACAGAAUUAAACAUAGUUAUAUAUGAACAACUUGUUCACCAUGCUGAAGAAGCUGAAUUAAAGAUAAAAGUAAUAGAAUUUCUUAUCAAGCUUAGUUCGCUUAAUAUAUUGGCAAACAAUUGUGAAGCUGCAAUCACUAACUUAGAAAACGCUGAAAAUAAAAUUAAUAAUGAUAUAUUAAUGGGUAUUUAUACUAAAUUUGACAUAAAAAAGUACACAGGCAAGAUUCUUUCAUUAAAAGCAGCCGCGUAUUUAAUGGGUGGGAAACAUAUGGCGGCUAAGACUCAAAUUGAAAGAGCUGCAAAUAUGUAUCAGAUUAACCUCAAAAAAGUUAAUGAUAUCAAGUUAAAUUUUAGUAAAAUUAUAAACUUCGUUAAGUCAAAACACUCAAAAUAUAAAAGGCAAUACAAUAUUUUAAAAUCUGAUUCAAUAUUUUGUUUAAAUAUAGCUACUUUACUCUACUCAACAAUAGAUGAUGAGAAAACCUCACGCAUAGCAGCACAGCAUGCAUUAAAUUUGGUAAAGAGAUAUGAAUGUCCAGUUAUUGAUUUAUGUGAUGCAUUCACUAAUGCUAUUCAAAUUGAACUGGAUGAUGGUAAGGCGGAUAACACAUUACACAUUGAACGAUGUGCUAUAAAUGUGUUGAGAAAUUUAUCUAAACCUAUACAAGCUGAUGAAGUUUACGCUAUAGGAAAAAUAUUUUUCGCUACUUUUCACGCACGGUUGGCAAGAGGUGAACUUCCUGCUGCUAUUCGAUCUGGGUUUCGAUCCCUGGUUGUGAGCAAAUUUUUAUGCGCAGAGAAUAUUUCACUAGAUAUUAUACCUGACCUUUUCUACUUAUUACUAUGCCGUAGACGAGUAACAGAAGCAAUAGAUGUUAUGAAAUUCCUAUUAGAUUUACAUCACGCACAAAAUGUAUCAGAAUGCGAAACAUGGUACUACGCUUUAUCUAUAGAUAUGAUUUUGGACUGCGGUUUUCAAUUAGAAUCGCCGCAAGAUAUAAACAGAUACACUGAUUUCGCAUUACGCAAAGGUAAAGCAGGUGGACAAUCUCGCAGACGAUUGGUUGUUGGUCUGUGGACAUAUUGGUUGCGAGCUGAGCAAGAACGUAAAGCAAAACGAUUGGAAGUAGAGGCCUUGAGUUGGUGCAACGCCGAAGAUGACAAUGGCUCGCUAAAAACUAUAAUUAGCGCGUUAAGGCUCGCGGAAGGAAUGUUACAAAGUCUAGCUGGGAAACUGGAUGAUCUCAAAAAGGUAGUUGAUUUGAUGGAACUACGGUCUUUGGCUGAUAAAGAGCUCACAAGACUUGAACAAGACGUAAAAAUUGUACGCGCAAUAACACCGAGAUGGUACUUGUUAAAGUCGAAAUCCUUAAGUCUAUCCGGGCGAUAUACUUAUGCUGCAGUAGCCAACAACCAGGCACUAGAGGAAUCAAGGAAAACAAGGAAUGACUUGGAAGAGGAAUUAGCAAGGGCAGCCACGGGCAAUUCUCAGUUUUGGAUUUCCAGCGCGAAAACUGGGCGAUUUUUACAUUGGAGAGGAGCGCUUGAACACGUUCGUACGAAUUGGCAUCCGCUCAUGUACAGGAUAAAUACUAGUCGUCAGUGAAUAAUUAGUAAUAAAAAUCAGAAAUAAAUGAUUAAAAUUAAGAUUA